AUGGACGAGCUGAAUGGAGAAAUAGUAUGCGCCGUUGAGAAAUGGUGCAAGCUUGUUGCAGCUCUAUCGAGCGGUCAACGCGCUAGAGUGGCUGAUACAACAUUGCGCACCAUGCUGCAGAUACCAUCUAUUAAGAUGCGUACCCUACUGAUUAGGUAUAUGAUUGAGAAUUUUCAGGCCAGGACGGCCAGAUUCAUUAUACAAGAGCAGGUUGGGGAGGUGACUCUCGGUGCGGUCGACGUCGAGUGCAUCUUUAACCUCGAGAACCAUGGAAUGUCCGCUUCGGACAUUCUGACUGAAGAAGGCGAGGACAUCAAGGAGCGGGUGCCGCCACAAUUUCUCAGUAAGACAUCAGAAAACAUAGUGAUAGAUAAUCUCAUUGAGGACAUAAUUAAAAGUAAAGCCACCGACGACGAUUUCCUUCAGAAAGUAGUCCUUGUCCUGUUAGGAACAAUUAUUGCUCCCAUGUCGAGCAAGAUUGUGCCAAAGCAGUACUACGCUUUGGGCGAUGAUGUGAAACGUAUUUCAAAGAUUAACUGGAAUGCCUUCACCCUGCGUGUUCUCCUUGAUUGCCUUCGCAUAGUGAAGAAAGGCAAACACCUCCGCCAAUGGCUAAAAGGCAAUUUGGCUCUCUUGCAGUACUUGUACUGGGAGAAGGUGCAACCGGUCGAAGGCGAAUGCGCCUAUAAUCCCAACUUGUCCAUACAACCUCUUAUGAGGAACUGGACCGAAGGUGCAGCCACUAGGAGAGAUCGGUUCGACUGUGACAAUGGGCGCGGACGUGGUAACGUCAGGAUCGAAAAUAAUAUCACCCAGGAGUAUAGGGCUCAGGAGCCCAACAUCCCAAAUAAUGCGCCCACCAUGAAGCCAAAAACCAAGCCUUUAAAUGGAAACGCAAAGAAGUUGACGACAGCCCCAAUGUCGGAAGAUUUGAUGGAGCUUCUAAUGAAGCGGUUCAUGGACUUCAUACACACCCAGAUGAGGGAAAUCCCUGAUCAAGUUGCUGAGAGGUUGUUGGAGAAGUUGAACAAAUCAGGUGUCAUGUACAAGCCGGCUGCUGCCGUGCCAUCCGCGAACAAUGAUGUGGAUGAAGAACUGGAUUCGUUUGAGAACGGUCCAUAUGAAAAGAAGGAAUUCGUGUACAAGGAUGACAUAGACUCACGCGGAGAGCCUGUCAUUGACAUGACGCAGCCUGAUGAAGUGGUUCCCAGCCAUAAAACCGUACCUGAGAAAACCCCACCGAAGAUGAAUGGACACAAGGAAGCUUCACCUAUUAGGCGCAAUGAUGAAUGUGGCGCUACACCCGAAAACCAUUGGGUCGUUGCUCUGUUUUAUGAAAAUCAUGAGCCGGAGGUUGUGGCAGAUGAGUUGACGCCGGAAAUAAUUGAUGCAGCUGUUUCAUUUGUCGAGUUAGCUGCUAGCACCGAGAAGAAUAAGGGGAAUAAAGUUUACUACAGUGAAGGGCGUGGCAUAUCUCUGACUUCCGAAAGGAUUCGACCGGUAAUUGAUGCUUAUAUGGCACAUUUGGAGCUGCGCGUUGGUCAUGAUCGUUACCUCUGUCCAGCGUGGAGGUCCAAAUUCCUUGUAGAUCGUGCUAUCGCACGAGACGAUCCAUUGCCAUCGAGCUGCAACAUGGAUAGUGCUCUGUCCAAAGUUGGAGCAGUUAAUAGAGUCACAAAAGAGUAUACUGUGCGUGAUAAGACGUAUAUCGCGUUGAAUAUAGACAAUGCCCACUGGAUGACCGUGGUCAUGCACUUGAUCAAGCAAGAAUUCCAAGUUCUCGAUUCGCUCUAUCCUCUGGACCUGACAGAAAAGACUGUGAAAGCACUGCGAAUGGCUAUAGCACACGAUAUGCACCUAGCAAAUCUUAUUACACCAGGGAAAUAUCCGGACGUAAGUAAGUGGCCUAUCAAGGAGUAUGACAUGCCCCAGCAAGAGGAUGGGAACUCUUGUGGCCUUUUUGUCACAGAAUGUCUAGAACAUUGGGACGGGGACCGAAUGACCCGCGAUUUUUCACAGGCCACCGUUGACGCAAGGAGAAGACGUUUCGUCACGGAGUUGAUUAUGUCACCUUCGAACACGAUGGAGUGUGUGAAGAACAAAAUUCGCGAAAUCGCAAGGAAAAGGCGCGCCUGA